AUGUUUUCAAUUUGGAAGCGAAUGGCAAACAGCCAUUGUUACAAAAUAAUGUUCGCUAUUGGAAUUAUUGAUAUGGCUACUAUUUUAGCUGCUGGAUUUUUAACUGGAUAUUUGGGAUAUUUUGGAUAUGUUUUUUGUUCUUCUCCAAAAUUUAUUUAUUUUGUUGGAGCAUAUGGAUUUUGUAAAAAAUUGCUUUUUUGGCUUGGGAUUCCAAUACUAUACGGUCUAUCUAUAAUAACUUGGUCAGAACCAGUAAUAUUCACCGGCAUCUACUUUAGCUGGUUCCUCAAUCCGCACAUUGGAUAUAUUGAUGAUGUUAAUCAUGAAUAUGAGAACACUCUUCUAGCAUUUCACAAUCCAUUAAUUAUAUUCUUUCUGUUAAUUACGUACUUAACGUUUUUUAUAAUUUUCGUAGUAAAAUCCAAACAAGGAGGAUUUGAAUCAAGUCAACAAAGCUACUCAGAAAUAAUGAUUUUUCUUCAAAUCUUUUUGAUUAGCUUGUUUAACAGUGGUGCAGCUUUUAUCUACGUUUAUAUGCAAUAUAUCCACAUUAAUGAAGUUGUAAUUAUAAUUGGUCAAAUAUGUUGGUUAAAUGCACACGGUGGAAAAUAUUUUUAUAACUUUUAA